GUACGUUUAUACUGUGGAUUUAUAUUUGAUGUUUUGUUGUAUUGUGUUGAAAAAUUUUAAUUGUGGUGUAUUCGAGAGAAUUGAUACAAUUUUCUGAAAUUGUGGGUCAAGUUGUAAUGAUAAGUUGCAAUGGAACAAUCAAUUAUGAAUCAAAAGGGCAAAGACAGUGACUCCCCCACAAAAGACAAAUUGUUUGACCCUUCAAUUGAUAUGCUCGUAAAUGACUUUGACGAUGAACGAACUUUAGAUGAAGAAGAAGCUUUAGCUGCCGGAGAAUCAAAUGAUCCUUCGGUAGAGCUUUCAGAUUUGCAGAAGGAGGGGAAUAUGCCUUUGGAAGAGUUGCUAGCAUUAUAUGGAUAUAGUACUAAAGAGAAGGAAGGAUCAUCAGAUGAAGAGGAGGAGACUGGUCAGAAUUCAUCUGAGCUGAUGGAAGAUGAAGAGAGUGAACCAUUGCCUCCAGAGCAACAGUCAAAACUUAGUGCUUUAUAUGAGCCUAUUGUUGACAAUGACAACGAAGCCUCAUCUAGGCUCCUAAGAUCUGUCUCACGAAUUAGUGAAGAAGAAGAUGAUGAUUAUGAUUAUAGUCCAGAUGAAGACGAAGUUCGUAAAAUGAAAAAGACUAUAAUGGUUGGCAGUGAUUAUCAAGCACAAAUUCCAGAGGGUUUACACCAUUAUGAUGAUGUAUUACCAUAUGAAAAUGAUGACAAACUAGUUUGGGAUCCUAGUAAAAUAGCCCUAGGUGACACUGAAGACUAUUUGAAAAAAGCUCAUCUAAUAACAAAACCUCCAUUACCGAGCGGCACUCACCUUAGAGAUGAUGAACAAGCUCUAUAUAUGCUGCAACAAUGUGGUCAUAAUGCUAAAGAAGCCCUUAGAAGGCUUCGUAUGACAUUACCCACAAGCAGUACCGACUCAGUCAAUGAAUCAUUGUGGUCAGAAGAGGAGUGUCGCAAUUUUGAAGCAGGUGUGCGGUCCUUUGGCAAAAAUUUUCACUUAAUUCAACAAAAUAAGGUUCGUACCCGUUCGGUAGGAGAACUAGUCCAAUUUUAUUACUUGUGGAAAAAAUCCGAACGCCAUGAUAUUUUCGCCAAUAAAGUGAGACUUGAAAAGAAAAAAUACAGCCUACAUCCCGGCUUAACUGACUUCAUGGAUCGAUUUCUGGAAGACCAGGAACGAGACCGAAGCUCAUCCCCAAUCAUAACCGCGGGAAAUGGUAGUACCAAGCCUCCUCCAGAUAUUUGAUCUUUGAUGUACAGUUAUUGGUUGUAUAAGAACAAGCAAGAUGGCGGUUAAGACUCAAAACUUCCAUUUCAUAACCAUCAUGAACAUUGUUUUAAGUAAUAUUUAUUUUUGUAUAUAAGCAUUUUUAAAAACAUUUUGUAAAUAGAAAAUAUAGUGUAAAUACAGAGCUUUUCGCCCGACUACUGUGUCAAUUCAUUCCUAUAAAUGAAUAAAAUGUGC